CUCACACUUCCACCCUCACUCUCACUAUCAUUUUCGCCAUCGGCCUCAUCACGAACUACUAUUCCUCAGUCUCGCUCACUCCCAAACUAGUCCAACUCAUCGAGACCGCGCACAGCAUGUCCUCCACACCGUCCCAGCCCCCGCCCGCCCCCGCCGUCGCCGCGGAAUCGGACCCGGCCACUUUCGCCCACAUCGAGAACUACAUCUCGACGCGCUGCAACGCAUCCCCCAUCUACGCCUUCCUCUUCAACCCGGGCCUCCGGCUGACGCACGCCUCCAAGGGCCUCAUCAUCGCGCGCCUCCCCGUCGCCGCGAACCACCUCAACACCGCCGGCAGUAUCCACGGCAGCGUCUCGGCCACCAUCGUCGACUGGGCCGGUGGCCUCGCCAUCGCGUCCUGGGACCUGCGCGACGCGACGGGCGUCAGCGUCGACAUCAACAUCAGUUACCUCUCGGGGGCGAAGGUCGGCGACGAGAUCGAGAUCGAGGGCCGCGUCGAGAAGGUCGGCGGCAGCCUGGCAUUCACGCACGUCAACAUCUACAAGGUCGCCGCUGACGGGACGCGGGGCGCCACUGUCGCCAAUGGCCGGCACACCAAGUUCGUGAGGAGCCGGUGAUGGUGUGCGUGAGAGGUGGAGGGGACAGAUCAUAGACUUUGUUUGAAGCGCAAACGCAACGAGCACCAUAGAAAAGGACUAACGACGAUUCGGCAAAUGUUCAUCACAUUGAUCAAUGUAGCUGUUCACUCGACAAUGGUCUGAUAACGGCUUGUGAUGCUGCAUCGUGGACGGAACGAAGGCGUUCAAAACGACGCGGGGCUUUCAGGUCCACAUGAACUCGCGCACAUGGCGUUGAGAACCUCUUGGGCUUGAGAGAGCGAUGAUGAGCGCUGCGCCCCCGCGACUGUUUUAGAGAUAUUAUUGCUUACGGCCAAUCGUAUCAGAACGUAUUGUUUCAAGCCCAUUCAAUCAAAUUGGAAGUCAAAGCACCCAACGGGGAUAGUUUCUACGAAGAGAAAGGGCAUGCUCACGGUCCAGAGCCGUUCUAUGCGCCUCCUCGAAACUAUAGACAGCGAGGCUUGCAGGGCAGAAAAUUCUCCAUGGGGGCUGUUCCUGUCCCUUGGGCUAGUUCUUAUCUGUGUUCGUAUAUACGUUACAGACACACGUCCCCUGUUUUCGUCCUUCUGCUAACCGCAAACCUUCCCUUUUCUUGACAUUCCAACACAUCCCUACACUCAGGCAAUCAGUAUCAGAUUCCCGACACCACUGCCGCCGAACUUCACCCUUCCAGUGUAAGUGGUUCAUCCGGUGAUGAGCAGCUGGCGUCCUUCUCUCCAUCUCUCUUUGGCAUGUCGACCGCUUUGCCGC